AUGCCUCCAAUUCCUAUCAAGCAGCUAAAGCGCGAUGGUUCGAACAUCAAGCAAUGGCAGAUGCAGUUGAAUGCAUAUGCAGAUAGCAAAGAUUACACCGAAUGGCUCACAACAAGCAAUUACCCUGCAUGUGCGGUUGUACAACAGGUAGAUGCCCAGGGGAACCCGAUUCCAUUCACAACAGAAGAACAGACUGCAAUUAAUUCAUAUAAAGCGGCCUUUAGCAUAUGGCGAAAAGCCGAUGGCGAACUACGGGGUGCAAUUUUGAACACAGUUGAUCCCUUCUUCCUAGAUCAAUUGGAAGGAUGUUCCAGCGCACGGCACAUGGUACAACAUCUAGUUGGGCUAUAUGCACAACUUGGAAUUUCAACGGUAAUAUCCUGUUGGAAACAGUUCGUUGACUACCGAUACGACGGCUCAUUGAAAAUCGUCGAUUUCUGUGGCAAUUGGACGACGUAUUACAAAGACCUUAAUAGACACGAGAUUGGGGUUUCAGAAACAGUGGCUGUGCUACAAUUCCUCAUUGCUAUCGAAGCAUACGACCCGGAUUUCACACGGCGGCAACGCGAACGCAUUCGCAAAAGGGAAAGACUAGAGGUCUUUACCCUUAUCACCGAGAUAUGCGACGAAUCUAUUGCCAAAAACCAAGAAGUAGUGCUGGCAGCAGCAUUCAAAGCACCCCGUGCUAAAGCAAACACUACAAAAUCGAACAAAUGUUCGGAGUGCAAAAGGAAGCAUCCAGGCGGUCCCGAAAAAUGCUGGAAAACCCACCCAGAGCUGCGGCCAGAAUGGUGGAAGGACCCAGCUGAACAAGAGGUUUCGAAGAAGGCCAACGCGGCUAUUGUGCAGAAACGGGAUGAAUCCGACUAUUCAAAAUUCUGUAUGACAGCUGCCGCGCAUACUACCAAUUCGUAUGCAGGCCCUACGGCCGAUUCGUAUACAGGGCCUACGGCCGAUGCAGCAAAUACGGCCAGAACAAUCGACGCCGGCCUCAGCCAAAAACUGAUGUCAUUUGCAAGCGAUCGAACGUUACGAAAGACCUGGAUUCUGGAUACGGGAUCUACUGUGCAUAUAUGCAACGACAGAACCCGCUUUACAACACUAAAAAAAAGCACCAACCUCAUCACAACGGGCGGUGCUGAUGUCAAGAUUCUUGGCUACGGCACUGUUAGCCUAUACGUGCUACGACAAGAUGGCACCGUGAUGGAACUUGAGGUUUCAAAU